GAUGCUCUACUGUACCAUGCGGAGUUGAAAACCCCAACGCCGUUAACUCCGGAGUCCGGAGCUCGGCGUUUCGCCCAUCGCCGAUCCGCCCGAUCCGCCUCAUCGCCGAUCCAGCAGCGCCUCCAGUCGGAGCUCGGCGUGGCGGAGAGAUCAAGCAGCAGUCGAACAUUAUACUGUUCAUCGACGACUUUUCCUGCAGCGCCUCAAGUCCGGAGCUCGAGAAACGCCGAUCCAGCAGCAGUCGUCCAGCAGCGGUGCUCCCGCCUCAUCGCCGGGCAGCAGCGACUUCGCCGCGCCACCAGCCCGGCGUUGACUUCGUUGCCACCAGCCCGGCGUUGCUCGCUGCACACCGGCCGUCUCCGUUCGCUGCUGCUGUGCCCGUCAGCCCGGCGCUCGGAGCAACCUCGCCGCCGCUUGAGAGCAGCGACGCCAUCGACGUCGCGCGGCCUCGCCGUUCGCGGCUCAAAGCUGCGGCGACGUCGUCACAGAUUGCCUCCGUUUGUGAGAAAUGGCAUCGCUCCAGCCUCCCCUCCCAAAUUACCCCAUAGUGUCUAAUAACUUUGCUCCUGUCAGUCGAUCAUCAUCGACACUACACAGUUCUACUAGGGAUUUCACCACUGCUGAUCAGACGACAAUGAACUCUACGACAGUAAUGACGGUGCUUCUCUUCCCCGAGUCUGGGAUCACGAUGCCUCCGAGCAUCACGGUCACAGAUAGUUCGGCGGAGGCUGCUAGAGUUACUGCUGAUGUUUCAUUCCCGGAAAUCGCUGCGGUGAUGACUGCCCAUACUGUCGGCGUCUCUACUCAGGCCGAUGGUCCUAAGGGCCUGAUCCCGCCUCGCUCGAUCGGGACUGCCCAUUCGAAUGUGGUCAGUCCAUCGUCUGCUACGAAGGUGUCGCCUCCUCCUCAGCCGAAGGCCUCUUUUGCAGAUAAACUGAAAGCUAGGGAUGGCAGUCCGACCGAGCAAGUUUCCAAGCCUAGGGACGUCCCCGCUCAUGACUUUACAAUCCUCCGGCCUGAGUUGGUGGAUCUCAAACGUUGCCUUGUUUUAGAGCCUUCUUUCCACCAACGACAAGUCCGGCGUUUCGCCCAUGCGGUUCACGGCCGGCUGAUCCUCCGCAAAGGUGAGUCACCUCGGUUUGCAGCGGAUCUUUGGCAGGAACUUCAGCAGCUUUGGAAACCGUCUGCUGGUUGGUCGAUUCAUCCUCUCGGAAAAGGUUACUUCACUUUUAAUUUCACCACCGACGAGGAUAGGGCAGCGGCUUUCGCUAAAACGACUUGGCGUCUACGCUCAGGUAUACUUCAUCUCCAGGCUUGGGUGCCGAAUUUUGAUCCCUACAAAGCGCAUUCUACCCUUGUUCACGUAUGGAUUAGAAUCUUUAACUUGCCACAUGAAUAUUGGCACCCAGAGGUUCUUUCCGGGGUCGCACGAGAAGUGGGUAUGCCUAUCUUGAUUGAUGGUCAAUCUGCACAGGCUCAUGUGGGUCACUUUGCUAGAAUUCUUGUUGAGUUAGAUGUUUCGGCUGAUCUUCCUGAGGCUUUAGAUAUUAAGUGUGGCGACAUUGAUUUUACUGUCAAGUUUGGAUAUGAGAAUUUGCCUUAUUACUGCUUCGUUUGCAAGGUUGUGGGACAUAUUUCUAACGAAUGCAGAAGGAGGAAAACGACCACGACCGAGGAGGGCUUUACGGAACAUCAGGGCCGGGAACGUGGUCAGUCCAAGGUAGAUGACCACAGGGUUCAUCCUCGUCCCUACACCGGAAAUCAAGAAUCUCCAGCAAGGGCUGGAAAGGAAGCCGCUUUUGCUGAGGUUGGACAGGAACUGAACUCUUCUUCAGACUCUCCUACCUCAUCCAAUCCCUUUGCUGUGUUGGUUUCUCUAGAGUUGCAAGAUGAACAGAGACUUGUUUGUGAUGAUAACAUGGACAAGCCGCCUUCUGAUGGAGGCCGAGCUUCAGAUGCUUGCAUCUAUCAGGACAAUCAGGAUAGAAAGGAUUUGGAACAGCUUGGGUCAGAUGACGAAAAGAGCCAAAUUGAGGUAGUGGAGCAGGAACACGAGAGGACUACUGCACCUCUGCUUGUUCAGCCGCUUGCUGUUAUGACUGACAACAACGAUGUGCUAACUUUGACUGGGACGACAGGACCCAUUUCUCGUAGACGAGGGCGUCCGAAAGGGGCUAUCAACAAGAAGGGGAGAGUUUCUGAUUCUUCUAUCAAGCACAGGCUCCGUCGUAUCAUAAUCAAUGGCAUGUCCUCGAAUUUCCAAAACUCAGCACGCCGUGAUGAUAUGCAGGGCCCAGCCCAUGCUAUGUCGGUUGUGGCCUCUUCAAAAAUGAAGAAAAAAUGGGGAGAUAUGUUGGACGAUGAAGAUGACGAUGUUUUAGACGAGGACGACCCUCUUAAAAUGUUCUCUUAGUCUUGGUUUCUUUUUUGGUUACCCGGGGUUUCUUGCGGGUGCUUUUGCUUGUUCCUUAUGUCUCU